CUUUUUCUUUUUCUCGAGUUCCCUUGUUUAGUUUUCUGACAGUGAUCGCAAAAGCACCAGCACAGCAGCAUCUACUCUCUCCACCUAACCCUGAGCGAAGCAUUAACAACAAGGUCCGUAUCUACUUAGCAAUGGAGGGUCUCCCCUCUGGUUAUCGCCCCCACGUUGGUGUCUGUCUUAUCAACUCCGAUAAUCAGGUUUUUGUGGCUUCCAAGUUGAAUGUUCCUGGAGCAUGGCAGAUGCCUCAGGGUGGUAUUGAGGAUGGGGAAGAGCCUAAGUCUGCAGCCAUUAGGGAAUUGCAAGAAGAAACUGGUGUAGUAUCAUCUGAGAUUAUUGCUGAGGUUCCUAACUGGUUGACAUAUGAUUUUCCUCCAGCUAUUAAGGCCAAAGUGAAUCGCCUCUGGGGAGGUGAAUGGCAUGGGCAGGCACAGAAGUGGUUUCUUAUGCGAUUAACAAAAGAUGAAAGUGAAAUUAACUUGGCAACUGGGGAAGCAGAUCCAGAAUUCGCUGAGUGGAAAUGGGCAAACCCUGAAGAAGUUAUAGAACAGGCAGUGGACUACAAGAGGCCAACAUAUGAGGUAGUCAUGAGGACAUUCAGGCCCUACUUGGAUGAUGGUAAAGCUGCAAAAUGUAAAUCGACAAAAUGGUAAAUGUCUUAGCUUGCUCUUAUAGGUCCGUCCAUGUCUUUACAAGUAGAAUUUGAAUUUGAACUAAGUAGAAGUUUGCUCUCUGUAAAUGGAUGUGGCAGUUAGAAGUUAGAACUACCAAUUUAGACAGUUGCUCAUUUGUGAUUAAAAAAAAAUCCCCCUUGUGCAGAAGUAUCUAUUUUCUUCCAAAAAAAAAAAAAACAAAAAAAAAAGAAAAGAAAAAGAAGAACAGCGGGGAAAGUUGCAUGUUCUGGAAUUUGGAUUGAGCAUUUCUGUUUAUAUGAUGAGAUAUGUCUCUCACCAUGCACCAACAAACAAAAAGAACUGCCAAUUUCUGUUUGUCAGUAGCUAGUUGUGAGAUAACCAUUUUGCUUGUCUAUUCAAUUGUUCCGUGGUAGGAGUAUAUAAUAUUAUCUAGAAUGCGUGCCUUUACUGCUGCUUGCAAAUUGCAGGUAGAUGAAACAAGGAUCUUGUAUCUGAUCUGAGGCACCAUUUUGCUUGCCUAAGAUCUUCUAAUCAUAUUGCCUGUCAAUUCUCCUUGCCAAUAUGGAUUUUUGGUAUAUUUUGAAUGAAAAUGAAAUUUGUUC